AUGGUUGUUCCACCGAAAGCUACAGCACCAAUCGAAGGUUUGGAUAUCAACGACUCGAGAUCUGUUGGCGUAAACGUGAUAGUGGGCUUUUUCUGGGACAUUGAUGCCUUAGCAGUUUGGAUAUCGCUCGCCAAUGGUGGCAUCGAGAAGAAUACGGGGCUGCACCAACAUAUUGAUCCCACCCACUAUACGCACGCAGCAGGAAAAGAAAAACUCAAACUCGAUAUUUCGAACGACAAAAAGGCCAAACGGUUUCAUGACGGGCUGGAUGAUCUUUUCGACUUCGCAUUCCUUGAAGCGACCAAUAAACUGCGGUAUCGCGUGGAUAAAGCCGAAGAGGACAGAGGACAAAGCAAAGACGACGAAGACGCACUAGAAGUUGAAGAUGAAGAUGAAGAUCUGAGGGCGGGAACGAAGAAUCAACAUGGAAUUUCCUAUGCAAACUCGAAGGAAGAAUCUGAGGACGAAUGGGAUGGAAUUUGGCGUCCAGAACCAACGGGCGGUAUGUCAGACGAAGACACGAGUCAAGUGCCUGAAUUCUGCGUCCCCUCUUCUGCCUCUGGAAAACAAAGAUCUCAAGACUACGAAGAACAAAUCAAACUUACCAGUUAA